CCCUGCUGGGUUCUUGUUUCUGGGGUACGGGGAGCAGAAAGCUGCUGCUCUUCUUCUCCCCCGCCGCGUCCCCUGACGCAGCCCCCCUGAAGUGCACGAAGGGUUGUGAAGGAAGGUUUAAAGAGUAAGGGGUAGCGUGGCUGGUGGCUGUACCUUCAGUGUAUCUCAUGGAAAAGUAUUGUUGAAUGAAGGAGCUGUUACGCUGACUGCCACGAGUUCCGACAGAAUAUCGGUUUUCCUCCCAUGUAUUUCAGGUGAAAGACGAGUUCUUGGAGAGUGACGUUGAACUAAGGCUGUCCAAAUGCCAGCUCCCACCCUACAGCCUGUUGUGCAGCUCAGUGAGUAACCUUAACGGAGAACUUACUGUGUCUUUAAAUAAGAAUUGUCGUUGCCUCACGCUGUAAGGUGAGAAAGUCUUCUGGAAGACGAGGACGACAGUGACGCUUGGAGCUUGCUGGUAUUGCUGGUCAUUUUGGCAGAGAGCACAAAAAAGGCUGAAGAAGAGCAAAAGCCUGCAGGAACCUUCGGAUUCUGGUUCUGCAGAGGGACAGUGCCCCUGGAGAAAGUGACAAAGCCCUGGUAGUAAGAAGAGCUUUUCUGGAUUUUGUUAUCUCUGAAAGCCAGUCCCUCUCCUAUCUACUCUCUGCUUCCUUAUCUCUUUAAGCUUCUGUCUUAUUCAGUAGUCUUCAUCUGUUUUUCUCUUGCCUUGUGUGUCCCAUCACAGCAGUGGCGCUGCUGGAAGAAGACCUGCAGAAAGAUGCACUAAAGUGUCAGUACAUCAAAGAAGAAAAACUUGGACCCUGUCGUGGUGGCUGCUGUACCACAGGGUGCUGGAGAGGAGGAGAACUAGAGUGAAUUUGCUGUAGUUCCCGAAUCCGGCAGCGUUCCCUGCUAGCUCAGUGGUUGGUGUCCUCCGCUCCUGGACUUUGCUUGAUGGGGAUCUCUGCUGCAGGAGCAGUCUCUGCACUCAAAGGCAGGCGAGCAGGGAUAGGAGAGGUUGUCUCUAGAUGCCGGAAAGGCCGUUUUUAUAAGCUUUUGGCAGAAGAUCUUUUCUGGAACAGCUGCUGGCUGUAGGCCCACCAAGCCAAGGGUCAGGAUAGCCUCUCUGCAGCAUGUCUUCCAAGCCAGAGCAGAAGGAGACCCACCAGGCCAAUGGGGCUGUGCUGCCCGUUGUGCCUGUGGACUGCCUCACCAGUCCGGACCGGGGGCAAAUGGUGGAGCCCUCGAAUUUUCUGGGACCUGAUGGUGACAGGGUAGAAGUGGUGGUGUUGGAGUCCCGUGCCAACGCUAAAGGGGUGCGAGAAGAAGACGCCCUGCUGGAAAAUGGCAGCCAGAGCAAUGAAAGUGAUGACACCAGCACAGACCGAGGUCCUGAGCCAGCCUCGCCCCUCAAGGAGACCUCCUUUUCCAUCGGGCUGCAAGUCCUCUUUCCAUUCCUCUUGGCAGGCUUUGGGACAGUUGCUGCUGGAAUGGUGCUGGACGUUGUGCAGCACUGGGAUGUCUUCAAAUACGUGACGGAGGUAUUUAUCUUAGUACCUGCAUUACUGGGCCUGAAGGGGAACCUGGAGAUGACUCUGGCGUCUCGCCUGUCGACAGCUGCUAAUAUUGGCCAAAUGGAUACACCCAAAGAGCUCUGGAGGAUGAUAACGGGGAACAUGGCUCUGAUACAGGUUCAGGCUACUGUGGUUGGCUUCCUGGCCUCGAUCGCAGCAGUGGUAUUCGGGUGGAUCCCAGAUGGGCACUUCAGCAUUGACCAUGCUGUCCUGCUUUGUGCCAGCAGCGUGGCUACUGCUUUUAUUGCUUCCCUUGUUCUGGGCAUGAUUAUGAUCGGGGUCAUCAUUGGAUCCAGGAAGAUGGGGAUCAACCCUGAUAACGUUGCCACACCCAUUGCUGCCAGCCUGGGGGAUCUCAUCACCCUGGCUCUGCUUUCAGGAAUCAGCUGGGGCUUGUACAAAGAGCUGGAGAGCAAAGCCUACGUGAAUCCUUUGGUAUGCGCCUUCUUCAUCGCCCUGCUGCCCAUCUGGAUCAUCAUUGCCAAGAAGAACGCAGCGACUCGGGAAGUGCUGUACUCUGGCUGGGAGCCAGUCAUUAUCGCCAUGGCAAUUAGCAGUGUUGGGGGUUUAAUUUUGGACAGAACGGUCUCGGACCCAAACUUUGCUGGGAUGGCUGUCUUCACACCGGUUAUUAAUGGUGUGGGUGGCAACCUGGUGGCAGUGCAGGCCAGUCGCAUCUCCACGUACCUGCACAUGAGUGGGAUGCCUGGAGAGAGCUCCGACACAGCCCCCCGCAAGUGCCCCAGCCCUUGCAGCACUUUCUUCAGCUCAGAUGUGAAUUCCCGCUCUGCUCGUGUGCUCUUUCUUCUGGUGGUGCCCGGACACUUGGUUUUUCUUUACACCAUCAGCUCCAUGCAAGGUGGACACACAACGCUCACCCUGAUUUUCAUCGUCUUCUACAUGACGGCUGCACUUCUCCAGGUUCUCAUUCUCCUGUACAUUGCUGACUGGAUGGUGCACUGGAUGUGGGGCAGGGACCUCGAUCCUGACAACUUCUCCAUCCCAUACUUGACAGCGCUGGGGGACCUGAUUGGAACAGGCCUCCUCGCUCUCAGCUUUCACGUCCUCUGGCUCAUCGGUGACCGGGACUCCGAUGUGGGAGACUAGCUCUCCCUGCUGCCCCCCUCUCGCAGCUCUCCUCCUCCUCCUCCUUUCAUUUCAUUGUUGUUUCUUCUCCUCCACCCUUGCUCUUCUUUGCUUCCUCCCUCCACCCUGUCUCUCUUGAGACUUCAUCUUUGAUACUGGAUUCUCAUUAUUUUCAAUGGGAAUUUUAUGUGGUUUAUAUUUCAAGCCAAGUUUGUACAGAAAAUAAAUCUAGUUUUAGGAAGGACAAAAAAAAAAAAAAAGUGUAAUGAGACAAUCACCAAGUGCAAUUUCAUAGCAGUUAUGUCUGAACCAAGGCUACAGUGAAGAUAGUGAUCAGUCAGAUCAUGCAGGGAGCCCACCCUGUCCCUGUCACUGGAGGUGCAGGGCUGCUUUUUUUUCGCUUCAUAAGCGUUUUAAAAACUGGAGGUAAGGUUCAGAUUUAUUUUACUGAACAGGCACCUUCUAGCAAAGUACAACCUCAUGGAGGAGGGUGUGGGGGGUACCUCCUGUCUUCUCUGCCCUGUCACCCUCUGCCCUUGUGUUCACCCUCUGAAUCCCCUGCCCGUGCCGAGCACCCAAAGCACGUGAGUCUCUGGUAGAGGGGUUCAGCCACGAUGGUGAGGGAGGGUCCUCUGUGCCCUCGAGGACAGUGAGCGAUCGCGGGUUUGGGGGCUGCAGAGCCCUGAAAUCUGGCUGUGAGCAGGCUGGUCUCUGCUGACAGAUCUGGGCUCCCUUUCGCCCACCAUCCAGCAGCAUCUCAGAGUUGUUCUGCCUCUCGCCGGGAGCCCAGUUCAGCUGCUGCUGCUGCGUGCAGAGGGACACGCUCUGAGCUCGUGGGCUCUCCCCACCCGUCCUCCUCCUCCCCUGCUGCUGGCCACUCCCGGCGUGCGUGGAGGCUGCAGCCUCUCCUUUGUGCUGGUGUGGGCACAGCACUAUUCUCAUGGCAGCCUGCUCAGUUCAGUUCGGUUUUCCUUGUCUGGAGGGGUGGAUGGAAAAAUACAUCCUGUCUUGUGCGCUAAGAUUUUUUUUCAGUUGCUGAGUGCUGCUGACGGGCCCUUUGCAGCUGGGAAGAAGCCACCUAACGCCUCGCCCAGCUGAGCCUGGGGCAUUCCAACUUGGGAGCGUUAGGUUCUUGGUGUCUCUUGGAAGAGGGAAUCCAUGUCCAGCCGCUGGAUUUCUCUGCGUAGGCACCAGCUGGAAAACAGCUCAGCGGGCGCAGUCGGAUUUCCGGAGCCCUGGUUCGUGGUGCAGCUCUGUACCACGAGGGGCUGGAACCCUUGAGCAGGCUGUAAACUGGUGUCAGGGUUAGAGCCCAGCCUGCGAGCGCUGGCCGAGCGCGGGGUUCCCCGCUCUGUUUCCCCUCUGCUUUUUGUGCUUUUCAGCUCGGUGAUGGCUGAGGUGCCUUCUCCUCCGCUGCUCGUGCAUGCUGGCAGGGCUCUUGUGCAGUCUGCAGCGGCGUGAUGACAGAAAACCUCUUCUGGCUGAGUGACUGAGGCGUUUGGAAAUGAUCUUCCUGAACGCUGUCGGCACUCAACGCUUUUUAGUUUUCCCAUUUAGACUGAGUGCAGUUUGAUGUAAGCAGGUCUUAGCAACUUGGAAACUUCACCCAGUUACCAAGUUUAAAUGAUGUGCUCAGGCAGACAGCGCCAUGGAACAGGCUCUAAUGCUCAAAUAUAAAUUAAACGCGUAAGCGUGCACGGGGGGAGAGCUCUUAACAUCUGUCAAGCGUGGGGAAAAUCCAGUAUAACCCACGGAGCCUGAUGUCAGCGCUGCACUGCGCAGGGCUUGGGGAGCUGCCCCUGUCUUCCCGAAGGCCGGGGCAAUGCCCACGGCGUGCAGGGUCAGGAUGUGGGGUGCUGCUGCGCUGAAGGGGCAGCAAGGCUCCCGGUUUAGCUGGGUGCACGGGCCUGGGGGGCUGCAGCUCUGCUCCUGGCCGGCACGCUGCCUGUCCGACUUAUUUGCAGCUCCACAACCACCUAAAAGCUGCUGGAUUUGUGGUUGUCGGCUUCUCCUCUUGCUUUCUGUGUUCCUCACAGCAGAACACGACCAUCCUUGAUUGGCCUAAUUUCCUCCUUUAGGUUAACUUCUGUAUUUCUCAGACAGACCGAUGUUUGUCUUCUCCUUCUGGCUUUCUGUCCCCACAACGUUGGGCAUCGCUGCUCGGCGGGCAGACGUGGUGCUGGGAAUUCUCAUCUUCAUCUGAAAUAAGGCUGGGCUGGGAGAUCUGUUUGUUACUCUGCACAAUGCCAGAACUGGCUGAGCUCUACAAAGCCCUGCCUAAGUACAGACAGUUUUGCUUUUUGGGUGAGGAGUGAUUCCUUAGGAACAGUUCCUGCCUCCCCCCAGGAAAGGGAUGGGCCAAGUCAAGACCAAAGUUAGUCUGGGAUGGGGCAUUGUCCCAACCUAGAGAUCUGGGGGCAGAGCUCUGGAGACGAGCGUGUUGGAAAGGAAGGUCGGGAUUAGGGGGUGGGAUUGAUGAUUUUGGAGAUGACUUCCCCCUUGCCCCCCCCCCAGUGUAACGUCGGGCUUGCUCCCCCUUUUCCCCCCUGCAGUCUGAACCUCGCGCUCUGCACCCUGGGGACGGGGCUUCUCGUUUGUCCAAAGCUCUUCCACAACAGAACACAAAACCCUGCUGCUCUGAAGUCUCGGCCCAGGGGCUUCAGGAGUAUUCUCUGCUGCUCACCUCAUUUCUCUGCCUAACGCUGAGGAAUAGAUACGAGACUCCUUCCAUUAACACUUAAGCUUUUAUGUGUGUAUAUAUGAGAAACUCUCCUGGCCUUUUAGGGGUCACAUCACUAUUUAGUUCCCCGAGAAAAGAUUCCCUGGGGAAGAGGCUACUGCUCGUGUAAAAUGAAGACCCAGAGGUGACUGAGAGCUGUCACGCUGCUGGGCUGAUGGUGUCCCUACGUUUAUAGAAGGUCUAAGGUGCGUGUGGGGAAUAGGUCUGGGAAGAAUCUAAUUUAAAAUUGAAGAAUAUUGAUGGUCAGAGACUUUUCCCACCAGUUGCACUCAAAUGCAUGCCUACUAUACAGCUGACUGCAAAUGAAAAAUACUGGUUUACUCUUUUUAUUAAAGGAAAAAGACUGUCUUAAUUAUUUAUAGUUCCUAUAACUGAAUUGACAGAUGUCAACUUAACUGAUAAAUUAUAUUUGGUUAAAUAAAGAUGACAUUUAUUUA